AUGGAAGUGGAAACUCUUUGCAGCAGUGUACUCACGGCAAACUUGCGGGAAGUGGCGCGAAACUCCCUCAUUUUCAGAGUAAAUCAGAACCAGAUCCGACGGGCAUCUUUUCUUGACGAGCCAACCCCAGGGCGACAAGACAGGCAUGUUCCCAGCCGAACCAAUCACAGCUUCCCUAACGUUUCCUUCUUCCUCCCCUUCACCACGCCAAAUCUAAGCAUGGCAGCAGCUGCGGCGAAGGCGUUCUGGAACAGCCCUGUGGGUCCCAAGACGUCACACUUCUGGGGUCCCUUGGCCAACUGGGGCUUCGUCAUUGCGGGACUAGUGGACAUGCAAAAGCCGGUCGACAUGAUCUCGCCGAAGAUGACGUCAGUCAUGUGCGUGUACUCCGCGCUCUUCAUGCGCUUCGCCUGGCGCGUGCAGCCCCGCAACUACCUCCUCUUCUCCUGCCACUCCGCCAACGAGACCGUGCAACUCAUCCAGCUGUCGCGAUGGGCCCUCUCAGAACCCGUAGCAGAGAAGCCAGCAGAGCCCGCAGCUGCGCCUGCUGUUGUGGAGAAGGCAACCGAGUAA